AUGAUCGAGGAAAAGCUCAAAAUUGACCCCCACAAACAGCCGUGGUUCGAUUCGCACGCUGAACAAGGCCGUCCGUACGAGUAUCCUUUUAAUGUCAAUUGUGCGACUGUCUACUACGAAGUUCAAAGUGAGCUCACCAGCUAUGGCACUUAUGAAAAGCCUAUAAAUGUCGCCAAGAGUCAAUCGCUAUCGAUGACUCUUACCAGAGGCUGGCGUAUUAUUGGUGUAAACGUUGCCAUCAAGCAGUAUUCCGGCUCGGGCGGCAGCAUCUCCUACGAACGGUCCAAGUCGCUGAGCACUACCAAUAUCCUCACUAUGGAUGUCUUUACACAAGACAAGUGCCCUCCUUCCCACGAGUGCCAUCUUGAGGUCCGGACCUGGCAUGUCAAAUUCAAGGGAGAAGGCGACAAGUUCGCCAAGGCCGACCGUGGCGACGAUGAUCCUGACUUCUGCAAGGUGGCUUGCUAA